AUGACGUCCAAACCGACACUGAAACUUCGUCAAAAGCUCCAGGCGGGCGAAACGACCUUCGGGACGUUCUUGAUGCUUCCUAGUCUCCGGACAGCACAAACUGUAGGGGGUGUGGGCUUGGAUGCUGUGGUGGUGGAUUGCGAGCAUGGUGCUAUUGGUGAUUCCGACAUGCACGUUUCCGUUGCGGCCAUAGCGUCUAUGGGAUGUUCUCCCAUUGUCCGGAUUCGUGGUCCAGAAGGACCUUUGAUCAAGCGUGCUCUGGAUACCGGUGCUCAUGGAAUCAUGGUACCUCAAAUCAACACUGCUGAAGAAGCCGCAUCAGUUGUUAAACUAUCUAAAUUCCCUCCAUUGGGUUUACGAGGACAAGGAUCACCUUUUUCCGCUGCGGCACAUGGUUUAACCACUCCUGAAUAUCUCAAAUCGGCCAAUGAUACGCUGAUCACUAUGAUACAAAUAGAGACUUUGGAGGGGUUGAAGAAUGUGAAAGAAAUCGCUGCUGUUCCAGGUGUUGAUAUGAUCUUCAUAGGACCCAAUGACUUAGCUUUCUGUCUUUUAGGUUACACACCAGCCACAAACGAACCUAAAUUCGUUCAAGCUAUCGAUACCAUCAUCUCUGCCGCUCGUGAAGCUGGUAAAUUGACUGGAAUAUUGGUUAAUACUGGUGAACAAGCAAAAGAGGCGAAAAAGAAAUUCGAUUUCGUUAUGAUUGGUGGUGAUGUUAAAUCUAUGGUAUUUUGGUUUGGGGAUCAAUUGAAAGCUGCUAGAUCUUGA